UAUUUUAUAUAAUUAUAUAUAAAAUAAGGUUGCAUAUAUUAAAUUUAUUAUAAUUCGGAAAUAUCCGAAACGUAAUAAGAGAUUCGCGAAUAUUUAAAAUCAUUUAAUCUUAUAUUCUGUAGUAGCCGAAUAUCGUAUGUUAAAUUAAAUAAAAUGAGUUCGUGCAGCGUGAUUACAUCUGAUUUUGUGAAUUUAUCAAUUACAAAUUCUGGUCAGGAAUCAUGUUGUGUGGAACGUCGAUUUCAAAAAAGUAUAACUGUCCAUGAAUUUAAGGGCAAAUUGGAGCUUCUUACUGGUGGUAACCCAGUUACAAUGACCAUUGAAGUUUAUGACAAGAACGACAAGCUCAUUUGUAGAUUGGAGGAAGAACAACGGCUUUUGGGAUCAUAUCCAAUAGAUGAUGGAAUGAGGAUACAUGUUAUUGAUAAUUUCUCAUGUACCACAGAAGAUUUAAAUCAUGUGAAAAAGUUUGAGAUAUCUGAGGAAGAGUAUGCCAAAAAAACAGAUACUGUUAAGGCGUUCCUAGAAAGGAAUAAAUUAGGAAAGUACAAUGAAGAAGAUAUGAAAAGAAGAGCAGAAGAGAAGAAAUUGGAAGAAGAAGCAGAGGAAAGCUUAGCUAAUUUGUGCAAAGUUGGAGACCGUUGCGAAGUAUCUGUUCCAAAUCAGCCAAAGCGAAGAGCUACUAUCUUAUAUGUUGGUAAAACUGAAUUUAAGGAAGGCUGGUGGAUUGGUGUUAAAUAUGAUGAGCCUCUUGGCAAAAACGAUGGGAGUGUCGGUGGAAAAAAAUAUUUCGAAUGUGCUCCAAAAUAUGGAGGCUUUGUGAAGCCAGCGCACGUAAAAGUUGGAGAUUUUCCAGAGGAGGACUUCAAUCUUGAUGAAGAACUGUAAAACGCCAUAAUUAUUUCACUUUAUUUUAUCUCUUCUCUAUUAUCUUUUUUUCUAGCAAUUUGAAAACUCAAAAUAGUGCUUUAUAUACAAUAAUUUUUAAAUUAAAUAUAGCUCACACAAAUUAAAAUUUUGUGUUCUUUUAUAACAUUAUCGUCUGAUCGCCAGUCAAUGACAUGUGUUUUUUUAACCAUCAUAAAUAAUAUAGAAAUCAUAAAUAAUAUAGAAAUCAUAAAUAAUAUAGUGCGACGUUUGAAACAAUAAUUGCUGAAUAAUAUCAAUGUAUAAUUAUCAAAUAAUAGAUGUACAUAACAUAUAAUGCGUAUCUAUUAUACAAUGUUCUCAUCUUC